AAGUUUUAACCAGUUGAACUUACAGGAAUCUGGCAUCUUCACCUUCAGAUUGUAUAAGACAUGUUGAAAUAUUUUGCUGUUGCCUGACACAAUUUCUGUGUGAAGUCAACUGAAACAAAUCUAGAAGUAGAUCACCCUUAUGUAUUCAACUGCGUUGAAUCUGGACAAAAUGUACCCAGAAAAAGUGAUCAGUUGGGUCUACCAACUGAUCUUGACAUGCUGUAGGUUUCAAUGAAAAGCGAUCAAACAAGAGGUGGAUAGACUAGAGGACACAGGAUGUCCACACCAGCUUGUACAGACAUCAACAUCUACAUGUAGCAGUUUUCAGACACUGGAUUCAACACAAGUGAACAAAAGCACUGAUGACAAUGUAAGCAAAACAAUCCAGAGAUUACUACACCAAGCCACUUUCAUGGUAGAAAUAUCUUGCAGAGGAUCCAACACUUAGGAAUACUUUGGUGUGACAGCAUGUGUAAAUGUUGACAGAGCAAAGAAACUUGGCCUUCAAGUAUUCAAAUCAAUGCUAAGACAGCAGUGAAGAUAGAUGGAGAAUUAGAACAGUUUGACCCAUCAUGACAGCAGCUACCUGUGAUGAUAUCAUGGGAGUCCUAUCUGUUUUCCUCAAAGAACAAGCUAAAGAUGGCACUGGAGGAGAGCCCACGAGCUAGUCGAUCCCGAAAUAGAGAAUCCUGUGUGCCUUCUCUCCCACCUCUCUCAAUCAAUACCAUGACACAGGGUCAGCUGCGAGAAUUUGUCCCUGCUCUGAUGAAGGUAGUCAGUGGGAGUGGAGAUAGUACCCGUGCACCAGGCCUUAUUCAGAGACCUCACUGGUGGCCACCAGAUGUACCCCUCUGGUCAAAUGCCACAGGCAGAAACAAAGAGGCAGCAUUCACUGAAGCUAUGAAGAAGGUUGUGCGGAACUGCUACCACCAUCUUGGUCAGGAGUCGCUGCUGUCCACCGGCAAACUCAAUGAUUGGAAGACUGUCGUAGCUCAUGGACAGUCUCGGAGACAGAAUUUCAGUGCCAACAAUAGCUCAGAUCUGCUAUGUAGGACUCCAGACCUGAUCAAGAGUGGCAAGAAACCGUUCGUGGAAAUCUAUGUGUGUUUCUUCUGUAACAAGGAAUUUUCUAAUAAAGAGGAAAUGAGAAAACACCAACUGAACUGUACUGAGCGUCCACAGGAGUUACAAUCUCUCAACACCCCACCUCCUGCAACCAAACGUAACAAGUCUAAAGUGAAGUGUCCAACGUCCAGCCCAACUACUGUCACUCCGCCAAGAAGCCCCACCCUAGAAAGCUAUCUACAGAAGCUUCAUCUCAUUCCUGUUUCUAAAGCCAAGAAGUUGAGAGCAUCAACUAGAAAAAGUACAGACCUUGACUGUGCUAAGAUUGAUUUCAGUGAGCCAGAGACACCUGUCUCCCCCACAACUCCUAAGACACCAAAACUGUUAAUAUCUCAGUUGAGUCGAGAUGAUUCGGGGCAGUGUAAGCGACGUCUGUCAUAUCGGAUUCAGGAAGAGCACAGUGAUUCCGACAGUGUGGUCAGUGGCAGUAGCGAGGACACAGAGGAGAAGCAGCCUCCCCGCAGGACAAAGUCACUACUCAACAUUGAGUUGUCCUCACUCCUUGGACAGAGGAUUCAGAAACAUCUGAAAUCAGAAUCUAGCAUUUGUGUUGUGGCUAAUGCAGAGGCUUUCUGCAAGACCCCUGUAAAGAAUCAUUUCCUUGAGAAACUAAGAAAGAAGGAAAAUGUAUACCCUGUUACAUACAAACCAAGGAAGAAAAUCAAGAAACGACCACAUGUACAUGUGUACUCCUUUACAAAACGUCAGAGGCGAUUGCAUUUUAGGAGGCUGGAAACAGGCUUAGAUAAGAAGAGUCGUUUGCUGGCCAGAUCUUUACCCAAAUGCAAAGUUGUUAUAGGCAGGUUGUCAAAGCAAGGUUUAAAGUACUGGCUUGGUCGUAAAGAGAGUCAACAAAAGAAAAUUCAAUGCAUAUUCCCUGAAGGACCAACAUUCCUCUCUGAAGACAUUGACAAAAUGCUUGGUUUGAGGAAGAAGAACAAGUCACCAAAGCCAGAAAGGAGCCUGUCCCUGGCCAAUGUUGUAUCUGAGGACACUAAUGCUGAAGUGUUGCAGCAAAAGGUAGCUGUGUAUAGAAGUCUGUUGUCAGAUCUUUCUUCCAGCAAGGAGAAAACACUUAUCAGCAUGUCACCGAGUAAACAGUCAUCUCAAAAACAUAUGAAGGGUAGCAAUCUGCAGGCAUCUGAGAAGUACUCCAAAAUGUCUGCCUCUUUGUUUACAGAUGACUACAUGGAAAACCCAAACCUGAAGGAUAGAUUCCCUCAACUAAAUUCUCUACUUGCAGCACCUUCUCUACCUGGUGAACCUCUAACCCCCUCCUCAUCAACCUCAUCUAGUCCUGUCUCCUCUCGUCAACUCUUUAAAAAGACUUUCAGUCAGCCUCUCAGAAUUGACAUACCUACUCAGGGCUCAAUUGGCAAGCAAAGGAUGAUAAGCCCAUUCUUUCCGAACUCUAGUCAUGGGGAUGGUUUAAGAGAUCACAUCUCUCCUGAUGAUUCAGUGUCUAUCAUCACUGUAUCAUCAGAUGAAGAUUCAUUUACAAAUUCUUUGUGUUGCACAGGAUGUAGACAAAGGCAGAAGUGUAAGUGCACGCCAGUAAAGGUUGAUCUCAAUACAGAUGUAAAAUCAUCACACAGUAAGGAGAUUUCAUCCAGUCGAAAUUGUUUUGGUCAUUUUUUGAAAAUGGAUGCCAGGCCUAAAGCAGCACAUCUCCCAGGUACACAGAAGAAGACUAAAGAGAAAAAGGAAUGCAAUUUUACUCACGAGGGAAAGAAAGUUAAAGAGACCUCAACAGAACAUAAAAAGAAACAGCAAACUUUAGUUGGAGGGAAACUGAAAACUAAGAAGACAGGUGAAAAGAGAUCAAAAGAGUCUUCAGUACAUGCUGAUGUUAAGGAAAGUAAAAAAAGUGUGUUGGUUUCAGAAAGCAAAAAGAAAGCUGAUGCUAAAGUGACUAUCAGAGGCCAGUAUGGACUGCGCAAACAGGCAAGUUCCAGUAAAGGGAUUGUGAAAUUGUCUCUUAGGUCCAGCCCUGUCAAUAAGAUAAAUCCUACAAAGAGACUUACAAAACCUGGGUUACGAAGUCAUAACUCUGCCCCUGCAAACUAUGCAGGGAAAGGUCUGAAGAGACGUGCAUCAGACACCCCAACGAAAAGUGCUAAUUUAUCAAGUCCCAAGAAAUCCAAAUUGGAUGUGCUAUCACGACCAAGAAGGAACUCUGUUCUUGUCUGACUUCAGUCAAGCAGGAACUGGUGGUUGCUUCGUAGUUCACAGGAAAGACUAUAAAUUACAUAUGAGCAAAACAAUUGUUUUCCCCGUUUGUAUCCUUAUCUUUUAAAAUGAAUAUUAACGAUGUGAGAAAGAUCUUUUAGAAAGAAAUCAGUUUUAUUUGAAGUUGUAUGUUCAUUUCCCAAUCAAAGCCUAUUUUAGUGUUUGGGAUAUGUUUUAGGACAUUUUACAUUUUUAUAAACAAAGUGUUCUAAAAAUCUGUUUUCAACACACUAUUUCUUUAACAAUGGGAACAAGAGGAUUUUCUAGAGCACUUGUCACCAGAAUGUCAGGUGUACAGAAGCAUCCCUUGCCUCAUGUACACUGUACAUGUAAACACAAAGGUGCUGUACAGGAUGCCUUGUGGUUGCAUUUCACAUUACAUUUGGUAUUAAUGUAUGUAUGGUUACAGAAUCUCACCCAGGAAGCUUGUGAUGGUUUCAAGUAUUGCUAGUUACUCUUUAUAAUUGACAGUCUGUGUGAGUUAUCUGUUACACGUUAUUUCUGGAGUUUCACAAGUUGAUCCUUUAAUUAACAUUUCAUGUUUCACUUGUAAGAUCUGAUCCUGUU